CCAUCACCUGCCCACUGCUAGAGUCAUCGACCAGCAGAAGAGCUACGCAUUUCCGUUCGUCUUCAGUUCGAAGUCAAGUUGCCAUAAAGCUUUGAGCGACGGCGAUUCGUACUCUGAGCUCCGAUUUUGAACUUACAUGUUCUUAACGACCCUCAGCAACGGCGAUUAAUUCUAUGAAUGGACAAAAAUUUCCCUCUCGAUACUCCUUUGAUUCAUCCAAGCCACUCGACGUCGACCUGUCCUACAUGCGGUUCUGUAUCCCUGCGAGCCGAGACAGUGCAGGAGCCUCCUUCAGCUGCACUACUGAAGCUUCUACAAUCCAACGAUUCACCAUCGGACGUAGAACGUAGGGAACUCAUCGCAACUGCCUCUGCAUGGACCUCUCGAAUGUCAGAUCUCGACCAGGACAUCGCUCAAGUGCAGGAAACAUUGAAAGCCCUCGUUCUCAAGCGUAAUGGGACGACACAGAACCUGAAUAAUGUUAAAUCUGCACUCCAUCCCAUUCGAUCCAUUUCUGCUGGUAUUCUUCGCGAGAUAUUUUUCUGGUGCGUGAAGGGUUGGGACGACUUCGUUACAGCCGCUACUGCCCAUGAUUCUCUUGACUCUCAGCAUCCGCCUUGGACGUUAUCUCAAGUUAGCCACCGAUGGAGGCACAUAGUCCUGUCAACUCCGCGAUUAUGGUCAUCCAUAUCUCUCAACUUCUAUGCCUACCCGUCGAAUAGAGCCCUGUCCUUGUCGUUUAAAUUUGGGAUACAUCUGCAGAGAGCCUGCCACAGUCAACUUGCUCUCCGAAUAUCUAGUCAUAAAGAUAUCGCGAAACACCCUAUCAUGCCUAUGCUUCUAACAAGCAUGAGCCAAUGGGAACGUUUACGAGUCGGGAUGCCCUUCGCUUCAUUCGUUCCUCUUUCUCUCUCCGCAGAAUUUCUCAAUUCCCUUGUACAACUCAUCAUCGAUAACCCCGUGCUAGACUCCCACCCUUGCAAAAUUGACGCCUUCCGCAUUGCACCAGCUGUGGUAGACGUCAAAACAUGUCCUCGAGUCGCCUUUUACCUCGAUUUACCCUGGAAGAACUUGGUCAAUUUCCAGUGCGAGGGACAACACUCUGACCAAACUUUUGAACUGCUCCGCCAGUUCGAAAGCGCCUAAAUACCUUCCCUUCAUUUUAGCAACUGCAGAGCAGGUUCUGAGCGGUUACGGGAAGAAGUCGUUCUUCCACGAGUCAAGAUACUCAAACUUGCUGCAGGGAACGACUAUGCAAAGACGAGUAUCGCUGACUUAUUUUCGAAAGCAAAAUUUCCUUCUCUGUCUACGUUAAUUCUCGUUUAUAAUCACUUCGGCAAGUUGAAUUUUCCCAUCAUCGACGCGGCGUCUUGGCCCGGACUACAAACCCUGGAAAUCAAAUGUCGUCUCGCAUCUCAUGCAGAGAAUCCCAAACGCUUAUCAGCCUUCCUUUCCGCGAUACCGAAUAUCAGCUGUCUAACUAUCUGCGCUAAUGGUAUCAAUAAAAUAGCCAUCUCG